AUGCUUGUUCAAGCCAAGCCGACACUGCUCAGUGCAGUGUUUGCUGUCCUCUCGCUCUUGUCCAUUGUACUGCUGUUCUCCUCGUCGCCGUACGCCGGUACGGGCGUGGCAGCGCAGGACAAGCGCAGUGAGUACGGAACUGUCAUCGGCAUUGACUUGGGUACGACAUACUCGUGUGUGGGUGUGCAGCGUCAAGGCCGUGUUGAGAUUAUUGCCAACGACCAGGGUAACCGUAUCACUCCCUCAUACGUCGCUUUCUCGAAGGAUGACGAACGUCUCAUUGGUGAUGCCGCGAAGAACCAAGCCGCCCAGAACCCCGACAACACGAUCUUUGACGCCAAGCGCCUGAUCGGUCGCAAGUGGGGUGAGGCUGACGUGAAGAAGGACAUGAAGCACUUCCCGUUCAAGCUCGUUGAGAAGAACGGCAAGCCAGCUAUCAAGGUGACGGUUCGUGGCCAGCCUAAGGUGUUCACGCCGGAGGAAAUCAGCGCCAUGGUGCUGCAGAAGAUGAAGGAGACCGCUGAGGCUUACCUGGGCCACAAGGUCACCCACGCUGUCGUUACUGUGCCGGCCUACUUCAAUGACGCCCAGCGCCAGGCCACCAAGGACGCCGGUACGAUCGCAGGUCUCGAGGUCCUCCGCAUUGUGAACGAGCCCACCGCGGCUGCCAUCGCCUACGGUCUGGACAAGAAGGAGGGCGAGUCGCAGAUCAUUGUGUAUGACCUGGGUGGUGGUACCUUUGAUGUCUCGCUUCUGACCAUUGACUCGGGUGUGUUUGAGGUGCUUGCUACGGCUGGUGACACUCAUCUCGGUGGUGAGGACUUUGACAACCGCGUGUCGGAAUACAUCCUGAAGCAGUUCAAGAAGAAGGAGGACCUGGAUGCCUCCAAGAACAAGCGCAGUGUCGGCAAGCUGAAGCGUGAGGUCGAGCGCGCUAAGCGCACUCUGUCGAGCCAGAUGAGCACCAAGAUUGAGAUCGAGAGCUUCUUCGAGGGCAAGGACUUGUCGGAGACUCUUACUCGCGCCAAGUUCGAGGAGCUCAACAUGGACCUCUUCCGCCGUACCCUCAAGCCUGUCGAGCAGGUGCUUAAGGAUGCUGGUGUCAAGAAAGAUGAGAUUGACGAUGUUGUGCUUGUCGGUGGUUCGACUCGUAUUCCCAAGGUUCAGCAGAUGCUCAAGGACUUCUUCAACGGCAAGGAGCCCUCGAAGGGUAUCAACCCUGACGAGGCUGUGGCCUGGGGUGCUGCCGUUCAGGGCGGUGUACUUACUGGCGACGAGUCGCUCGGCGGCGUGGUUCUGAUUGAUGUGAACCCCCUUACUCUGGGUAUUGAAACGACGGGUGGUGUCAUGACCAAGUUGAUUCCCCGCAACACGGUCGUCCCGACCAAGAAGAGCCAGAUCUUCAGCACGGCUGCGGACAACCAGAACACUGUCUUGAUCCAGGUGUUUGAGGGUGAGCGUUCGAUGACCAAGGACAACAACAUGCUCGGCAAGUUUGAGCUUACCAACAUUCCUCCUGCUCCUCGCGGUGUUCCUCAGAUCGAGGUCACGUUCGAGAUUGACGCUAAUGGUAUUAUGCGUGUGUCGGCUGCCGACAAGGGCACUGGCCGCAGCGAGUCGAUUACCAUUGAGAACGACAAGGGCCGUCUCUCGCAGGAGGAGAUUGAGCGUAUGGUUGCCGAGGCCGAGGAGUUCGCUGAGCAAGAUGAGGCAAUCCGCAAGCGUGUCGAGGCUGUCAACUCUUUCCAGAACUUUAUCGCUACGAUGCGCAACCAGAUUACCGACAAGGAAGGACUGGGUGGCAAGCUGGACGACUCGGACAAGGAGACGAUUCAGCAGCACAUUAAGGAGGCCGAGGCGUGGAUGGAGGAGAAUGGCGAGAACGCCGAGGCGCAGGACAUUGAGGAGCAGCUCAACGAGCUCCAGGCUGCCAUCAACCCUAUUACUGCUAAGCUCUACCAGAGCUCUGGUGGUGCAGGUGGCGCUGACGAGCCGCUGGACUACCACGAUGAGCUCUAA